AAGUCGUCCGUGUACCUUGGGGACGCACGAGGGAAAGCCCCAGUCCCCCCUCCCGCAACGUCACUCCUCCACCGCGCCACGGCCCGGCCCCGCCCUCGCCGUGAGCUCUGGAGGCACCUGCCGGAGGCUGGGUGCCGGGACACCGGAAAUGCGUGGCUCCGGGCCGGGGCCGCCCGCCCCCGCGUCGCGGGCUCUUUAAGGCUGGCGGUUUUCGCAGCCAGCCCGGGGCGGGGAAAGCGGAGCGCGCGCUCCACGCGGGACCGCCUCCCGGGCCGUCUGAGCAGAGGGCGGGGUGCAGGCGGAAUGGCCCUCGUGCCCUAUGAGGAGACCACGGAAUUUGGGUUGCAGAAAUUCCACAAGCCUCUUGCAACUUUUUCCUUUGCAAACCACACGAUCCAGAUCCGGCAGGACUGGAGACACCUGGGAGUCGCAGCGGUGGUUUGGGAUGCGGCCAUCGUUCUUUCCACGUAUCUGGAGAUGGGAGCUGUGGAGCUCAGGGGCCGCUCUGCUGUGGAGCUGGGUGCUGGCACGGGGCUGGUGGGCAUAGUGGCUGCCCUGCUGGAAAUGUACAUAUUACAUAAAGUAAGUUUGAAAACAAUGAGGACAUUAUAAAGCAAAAACUUAUAGGCGAAAAUAUUAUAAGGGCCUAGUACCCAGAAUAUAUAAGGAACUCAGAACCCAACAACAAAAUUUCAAUGAACAAAGGACCUCAACAGACAUUUCUUCAAAGAAGAUACGCAGAUGGCCAAAGACAACAAAAGAUGCUCCACAACAUUAGUAAUCAGGGAAAUGCAAAUCAAAACCACGAGAGACCACACCCAUGAGGAUGGCUAUAAUUUUUAAAAUGGCAAAAUAAGUGUUGGUGAAGGUGUGGAGAAAUUGGAACCCUCAUACAUCAAUGGUGGAAGGUAAAACGGUACAGCUGCUGAGGGAAAGUUUGACAGUUCCUCAAAAAGUUAAAUGUGCGAUUUCAACAUGACCCAGCAACUCCACUCCCAGGCAUAUACCCCAAAUAAUUGAAAACAGGGACUCAAAUACUUGUACAGGAACAUUCCUAACAGCACUAUGAACAUUAGCCAAACAGUAGAAACAACUCAACUGGAUGAAUCCAUAAACUUGUGGUAUAUAUGUACAAUGGCAUACUUACUAUAAAAAGUAUACUUAGCUAUAAAAAGGAAUGAAGUACUGAUAACAUGUUACAAUGGAUCAACCUCAACAACACGUUAAAGCUAGACCAAAGAAGUAAUACACAGUGUAUGAGUCUCACAUGAAAUACCUGGAUGUAAAUCCAAAGAAACAGGAAGCAGAUUUGUGGUUGCCAGGGACAAGGGCGGGGGGGAGGAGAAAAUGGAGAGUAACGGGACUUUAUUUUUGGAGUGAUGAGAAUGUUUUGGAGCUAGAUAGAAGUGGUGGUUGUACACCAUUGUGGAUGUACUACCACUUAAUUGUUCAGUUAAAAAGUUAAUUUUAUGUGAAUUGCAUCUUAAUUAUAAACAAGGAUAGCAUUCCAACUCCUGGACAUUAUCCUUCCUUUCCAUUUGAUGUCAGGCCCGUGUUAGAAUUCUCAUCCGGUUUGGUCACUGCACUUAAGAAAGAUGUGGAGAAAUUAGGACGCACAGUUAAGAGGAAGGAUAACACUGAUUAAGGUAGUGCUUUUCUAGGUUUCCCCUAAGCAAUUUAACAGAUGGAUAGUGGCACCACUUACGAGAUGGAAAAACCAGCUUAAGGAAGAUUUGGGGGAGAAGUUAAGUUUUGUCUUGGGCCUGUGUUUUGCAACCUGAGUGUAAAAGACAUAUGUUAAGUCUUCAGUGGCGAAACACUAAAACUAGAAAUGGAUCGGAAUUUUAUCUUUGGAUGUGACUUCUCAAGGAUGGUCUUGUCACUUCAGUGCUUGGUCAAAUGACAAGAUGGGCAAUCUUUUCCUGAAGGUCCAAGCACCUGAACAUGGCAGGAUGACCCCAGAUUCCGAUUUGCUUAGAACAAUCCUAGUUCAUGCCUAUUGUCCCUCAUGUAAUUAAUAUCACUCUCAAAAAUGUCUCAUUUUGUGCAAUAAAUUAUGUAAUGGUUGUUGCAGAAAAUAAAUGAAAUUCAUUAAGCCUUCCAAUAAAAUGGCAGGUAUAGCAGGCUUGAACACAUCUUGGCAGUGAAGAAACAUACAAAUGCAGCUGCUUAUUUUCAGAUGUCUCGUCUCAGAACUUAUUUCAGAAGUUAAUAGUAUAGGAGAUAACUUUUUUAUUCUUACAUCUUAAGCAAAGAUUAACCAUAUCCCCUCCCCUUUCCUUCCAAUUUAUAUGAUCACAGAGUUUUAGAAUUGCAAGGGGACCUGAGAAGGUAUAUAUUCUUAUUGUCCUUUCAGUGAACACCUGUGUUUUAUGACAUCAGACACAGCUGGUCGUAUGUCUCCAUUAGUCAUCUCGACAGUAACAUCUCCAAAUCCACAAAUAGGCACUGUUCAAUCUUAUUGAAAAACAGGUUUUGUCCUGAAAAUUAGGGAUCCAGUAACUGACGACAUGUUGUUGUUGUCUGAAUUAGUUUUGCUGCCUUCCAACACAAGCUUGUAAUAUAUUGUAACUUUAAGUUCAAUAAAACAUGGCUUCACACUACUAGCAAAAAAAACCCAACAAAAUAGAGAUCCCAUCCCCAAAAAAGAGACUUACAGAGUUUUUAAAAGCAUGUUUAUGUGACUGCACAUAAAUGUUUGUGUAAAAAGAGCAUUAUGACAGUUGAUACCACAGAUUACAGUAAGAAAAAGCACUUUAUGACAAUAUUUCACAAAUUCACAAGGAUCACUUUAAUAUACAAAGCAACUGCUACCAUUCUGAACACAAAGCAGCUAUUAUGUACAUAGUGUUAAUAAAAUGCAUUGUAACUCAGUACACUUUUUUCUUUACACAUAAAGCACAAAAAGAUUUAGAUAAAAAAAUUAAAACAGGGAUGUUUCUAGAAUGUAGGGAAUUUUAUUAGAAAUGUAUUUCCCUCAUUAUAGUUAUUUAUUUAGUAUUCAACUCCAAUAGAAACAUCAGAGUUAAAAAUCAAUACCCUGUUUUGUGCUGACAGUUGUGGGGGAAGUCUUCUUUACCCCAAUCCUCAAAAACCAAAAAGCCAAACACCUUUCUAGGAACUUCCCUGAUUAUUUUGCUUCUAAAAAGUUUCAAGUGAUACAUCUGGGUUAGAAAUAAUUCCUUUUGCAGGGAGUGGGGGAGUUACAACUGGCAUGUGGACAAAUCAGUCAAGGACAACUUUACAUGGAAAACUGCUAACUAGCACUCUUCUUUGCCACCCCUAAUAAAUCUAUACUCAAAAAAAAGUUGACAAUUAUUUCCCACUUUUAAUAUAAAUAAUUUUAUUACAUACACAAAUUGGAGUGGCACUUGGAUAAAAAUACAUCUAUAAAGCAUUUACCAAUUCAAUUUUAAAAACAUAAGAAAAUAAAACCUCCCAAACACAAUGAUAGAUCAUUUCACUUGGCCAACAAACAUAAAAUCAUUAUUUGCAGAGAUUUUCUUCCUUCCCUACUGCAGAGAUUUUCUUCCUUCCCUACCAAUUUUUAAACUAUCUCAGAUUUACUCUCACUUCUCUGAGAUGCUCCUCAGACAAAAGCUUGGAAAUGCCAUACUUCUAUAGGCAAGUAAUGUUGGGUCAAAUGUGAAUUUCCUACUCUUUGAUCCUUUUCAAAGACAAUUCCAAAAGACUGUUCAUUUUCCUUUUACUUGCUGGUGAGAAUAAUUAAAAAUGUAUCAUGUCAUACCCAGCUGGGACCUGCACCCACCGUACCAGAAUGCAGACAGGUCAGUAUUUUCUUUCUGUGCUAAAACUGCCUGUUUAUAAUAUCAACUUGCAUCACCGGCUUUGUUCUAUUUUAUUUAUAUAUUUUUUAAAUUUUUCUUUUUUUAAAAAAUAAAUUUCAAGCUAAAACACCUGAAAUAUAAUCCCUCCAUUCAAACGUUAUCUGGUCCCUCUUAAAGUCGGUCUGCCCCCUGAGGACACAUACAAAGGCUUAAGCUACAUUCACUAAUCAAUAAGAACUUAUCAUAAGCAGAUGAGACAGAUGGAACUUCAGCACCCUGUUUAUUUGAAAAUUUUCCAUACUGACUCAGCUUCAUGAUAUGUUCAGCCCCUCAAAGAUUAAUGCCUCUCCUAGCCAUUGAUUCUAGAAUGUCAAGGAAACCAGUUCCUAGUACAUACAGUGACUGUGUAGCCAACUUAAUAGUCAACAUUAUUACAUUAAGAAUAUUCAAGAUGUAUGUAAGCCACCCAACAAAAAGUUCUAGUUGUGCUUUGUACAACUGAGUGAACUAUUUAUCUCACAACUCUUCACCUACAGCCUUACUACGCACAAUUUACUUUCUCCUUCCUCAUCUGAAAUCAGUCAAAUUUAGGCAGCAUUUCUUUGAUGUUAACAAAGCCAUUAAAAAUGAACAUAUUUCAGUAUAUUACAUGUGGUCUCUGUGAAGACAAUUGCUUUAAAAAGUCUUGUACUAUUCUAGACAAAUUAAUGGAUAUUUUGGCAUACUAUGUACAGUAUUAAUGUUGUGAUGAGGAUAAAGUCUCAUUAAAAAUUGAAAAUAAAUAUUAUGCACUUGAGUUAUUUUCCCUUCAAUCUUCACCCAAGAUGAAAAAGAAUAAAACAAGGUUUAAGCCCGUCUUUUAAUUAACUGGGCUAGUCAUAUCUAAUUUCCUGAUGUUUUUCUUUUACAGCUGUUUUUAAGGCUAGCUUUUAGGUGCUAAAAUAUUUUAAUCAAUGAAAAACUUCCAUUUAAAAAGUCACAUGAUUUGAAGAGAGGAGAAAGACUAAAAAGUUGAGAAUUACUUGAUGAGGGAAUUUCUUAAGUUGCUAAUACCCAAACUGGGUCAUUUAAAAAAGUGCAAGUUACACCAAACAUUUAUAAAGGACAGAAUGUAAAUAUAAUCCAAAUAAAUAUACAACUUUUCUAUUAGGUCCAUGAGGGAAAAAAUAUACCAACAGCUUUCAGGGCUACAAAGGCAACAAAAAUAAAGCCUCUUGAAAACAACUGAAAAGGUAUGUAACACUAUUUCUAAAACUCACUUUAAUUCAAGAUCUUAACUUUAAGAUAUAUUAGCCCUAUUUAAUCCUGCAAAAUGAAGCAGCCGUGAUCUUCAAAAUAAACAGAGACCAAUUUAUGGUAAUAGCUGACUGUGGCUGAUCAUAGAAUUAAAAAUUUGUUAAAUAUUAAAAGAAAUCUAGAUUGAAGUCACUUCAAGUAAGUAAAGCAUCCUGGUUUAAACAAACGUAUUUCUUCCUAAGCCUUUGUAUGAUUCCACAUGUCACCCCAAAAGGUAAAAAAGAUAGUAGGGAUUUGUCCUGAGAGACAGAGAUAAACUUCAGCCAGAUGACAUCUGAUGGGAUAGGCUGCCUGACUGGUAUUGUGCUUUCACAGACUAGCACUGCUGCUGACCUACCAUCAAAACACAUUUUCUGACAAAAUCCCUGCUCAAAUGAAAUGCCAAAAUUCCUCCCCCAGGAUGAUUUUUGAAAAAAUCAGUGGUUCCUUUAAAAAGCUAUCUUCAAAAUGUUCUUACCACUGUUAUAGCUGCCACAGACAAAGCAUAAAAACCAAAUACUUUUGGGGGAGAGGCUUUCAAGUGACUAGUAACAUAUUUAAAAGUAUCAAGCCAAAGAAAACUAAUAAAAAAUAAAAUACUUGGAAGAAAAUUAGAAGAUAAAAUCAAUCAUGAGUGCUGGAGUAAUGCAGUCAUAGAAACUACCAGAAGGGAUGCAACAGAACACACAAAAAUGUAAAAUUUCAUCUGAUCUCAAUAUACUAUAAUACUCAGCAUUCCUGACUUAAGAGCUCUCAGAGCUUUAGAUUAUAUACUGUAUGUAUAUAUAUAUAUAUAUAUGUACACAUAUAUUAUACAAAUGCCACCCCCCCCAAGAAUAUCUAAAUGAAGAGAGCACCUAUGACAAUAUUAUGGUUGCCAAUAUGGUACUUGAGUUUGAAAAGGAAUGAACUUAAAAUUGUAUCUGAUAGCAAUUAUUUAAUAAUGAACACAUUGGAUCUAGCCCUUUCUAAGCCACUUUUCAGUUAAACAUUAUCAAAGCUUGAAAACUCAUAAGAGUAAUAUAUCAAAAAUAAACCCCUCCCCACUUCAUUUUUAUUAGAGUUAAUCUGUCCUAUAGAUAAAAGUGCCACAUGGCCCUAUAUUUGCAAAGUGAGCAAUACCAAACUUGCUAUUUUCUAGGCAAAUCAGUAGCAUAUGUACAAAUUCCUGUGAUGACCUUUUUAUUCCCUUUUGGCCAAUAUAAAGAGAAAAACAUUUAUUACUGGUAAUGUGGCCACAUAUGUUCUUGGCUACAAGGUUUUUAAAAAUUAUGUCAUUUUCUUAAUAAAGAUUCUCAAAGUUUCAUGCUUACAAACAAACCUCCCCACCAUUCUUGCAUUAAAAAAAGAAAACUGCACAAAAGAUGCUUGAUUUUAUCUUUAUAAACUGAAAUCUUCAAGUUUCACCAAGGGUCUAAGACAGAUUUAGCAACAGGAUACAUUUCUCACCUCAUCAUUAAGUUAUUGACUUCAAAACCAGUGCAAUCAUCCUCAAGGUAUGAAGGAUAAGGUCUUUAUAACUUAUAAAUUCAUCCAGCUCACAUGAAUGUGAUUGCCUUGAUUUAUCAGGGACUAAGAGGACGACCAACUUCCCAGUAAGUAGAAAGCCUGAACUUUUGAAAAAAAGCUUUAGAGAAUACAAACUGCUAAACAUCAGGCAGUUUUUCAUUUAUAACACUUAUAACAUUCAAAAUGUUCGAUUCGAUAUUUUGACUCAAUAAAUAAUUCCAACUUGUGAACAUAUUUGUGACUUUGCUUGAUUUCUGUUAAACCAGUUUUUAAAAAUGACGUAUCUAUGCGGUUACACAAUUUUUAUGCUAUAACUUUCCCCAUUAGCUCAGCAGGACAAACAUCAAACUUUAUAGUUGUUUGAAAGCCUUCUUGAGAAUCUGGUGAACUGUCCAAACAUAAAGACUACAUCACUUAAUUCUUAGAAUGAUGCUCCUUCAUAAACUCUGU